GUAGGAUAUUUGACGGCAUUGUGUUAUCAUUGAACGACAGGUGUUAGUCUCUCACGUGGGAUUUCCUCCUGCGACGUUUACAGUAUGGCUGUCUUGAAAAUAUGUGUCCUAUUAUUGGCAAUUGCUGUGUCGGCAACCACAGGGGCUCUCCUUCAACUCCCAAAGACCAAGUCCUGCUUGAAUGAUGGGGAAUGCGGGUCGGGAGAGUGCUGUGCCAAGCAGCUGGGGCCCCUCAUCAUGAGCAGGCGACGGGAUGCGUUCACGACCCCCGACCCUGCCACUGUAGAAGGAACCUGUAAGCCGUACCUGAAGCACGGAGAGUGGUGUGGUGGAGUCUGGACUCAGAACGGCUUUUGUGGGUGUGCCCCCUCCCUCACGUGCCACCGCUACCCACCCGUCGUCCCAGUGACUCGCCGGAAGAGGAAGAUGUUGGCCGGCACCUAUCUGUGUGAGCCCAAGGAAAUGGGCCCCUAGGUCGCCAUGGAGUAUGCCGGAUACGUAUCAUAGGAAUAUAAAAAAAACAUGCAGACAAGA